AUGGACUGGGCACGAGGAGAAGGAAAGCUUGACAAAACCAAAUUGAAACUGAAACUGAAGCUGAUCCAAAACACUGGAAAACCCACUGUACCCGAGAGCAGGCGUGCUUCCAUUGAUAUUUUCUUGAAGGCAGCCGGAUACCUUGAUUGUGCGGUGCGACAUGUUCUUCCACAUUUGCCCCCUGCACUCAGGGGAGAUUUACCAGUAGACCUUGCUGAAGGAGUUUUAAGAGCACUCUGCCUUCAAGCACUAGGGCAGGGUGUUGAGAUCCAACUUGGACUUGCAAUUGAUAGUACCAAGGCCACACUUGCAGUAAAACGUAGGCUUGCAUGUGAGAUGGUAAAGUGCUGGCAGCAGGCUCAAGAUAACAUCACGAACCUUCCAUUAGCAAAUUGUUGGGGGGAAAAACAUCAGCUCUUCGUGAAGUGGAAAUAUAUUGAAGCAAAGAAUUGCAUUGUUGAACUUGAAACUGUUGACGACAACAUUAGGCCAAUUGAAUUACGGUCAUCACCUUGGUGUGACCACAUUAAAAAUAUGAAAAUUGCUUAUGCAUACAUUAUGCUUUUUUGUAAGCAUAUAUUUCCAUGUGCAUGGCUACACCUCGUAUUACGUGAGACCAGGGAUACUCACCUGAGUACAUAGCUGGAAUUUUUGGCAAAAUGAUUAGACAGGUUGAUGAGGCCAUAGAAAUUGGUCGAGGUUGUAAUUUGAGCUGGUACUAACUUCUUAAUGUGCAUAUUUGUUUGCAUUGGAAUUUGUUAAAGUUAUUAUUUCUCAAUUAGACAUAAGUUAAUUAGUGUGGGUAAUAGUGUAAUUACCUAAGUAUUACUCAAUUGUAAAUAAUAGAGUGUAGGCCAACCUAGCAUAUAUACAACUGAUUAUUUUCCAGUCUAUUUCUCUUCUUGCUUCUCUCUUUUCUCCUAACCCAAAUAUCACUUUAAUAUCUCAAUUUAGUAUCGGAGUAACUUUGACUUUUUCUUUUGUUGAUAUCUGUUAAGCUAAGAGAAUUAACAUAACACAAUAUUAGAGAGAAAGAGAGAGGUUA